GGCUUCCGAUUACCCUGCACGGUUCACGACUCCACCAACCAAGCACCCCAGCCUCCAAAGGGGAGACAAGCGCGAAGAAACGCCUCUUCCUCCGCCCCCAACCAAACUGCGUACGAUCUCGUAACUUGCCUGGGAGUUACCAGCGCCGCAAAGGUUUUACUCCCUCACGAAACCGCACGCGCGCGCGGGCAACGAGCAGAGCAGAUCGUUCCUCUGUUUCUGUUUCAGCAGCCAUGACAUCGUGCGCAGGAAACGCCACCGUGGCUUGCGGGGAUGACGCGCGGCUCCAUGGGGAUGGGGGUCGCGUCAUCGUCGCCCCCUUGCUCGCCAAGGCGGGAGAGGUCGUCAUCUCGGUGGCCGCCGCCGACGCGGCGGCGGUGCCAGUGCUCACGAGCAAGCCGCCCGGGCGGCUCGCCAAGGCGGUGAAGGAAGCCUGGUCCGUCUCCUUGGGCGUCGCGUUCCCGAAGACGCCGUCGGUGUCGGCCGGCGCGGCACGGGACGAGGCGCGUUCCAUUCUUAGCCUCGCAUUCCCGAUGAUCCUGACCGGGCUGCUGCUCUACCUCCGGUCGAUGAUUUCGAUGCUCUUUCUCGGUCGGCUCGGCGGGCUGGCCCUCGCUGGAGGGUCUCUUGCCGUCGGCUUUGCCAACAUCACCGGUUAUUCUGUCCUCUCUGGCCUUGCCAUGGGCAUGGAGCCGAUAUGCGGGCAGGCAUUCGGCGCAGGCAACUACUCGCUCCUCGGCAUCACCAUGCAGAGGACGGUGUUCCUCCUCAUCGCGGCCGCCGUCCCCAUCGGUGGCCUGUGGGUGCACAUGCGGCCUCUCCUCCUUCUCUGCGGCCAGGACGCCGGCAUCGCCGCUGUCGCCGAUACCUACAUUCUGGCCUCUCUCCCUGACCUCGUCCUCCAGGCAUUUCUCCACCCUGUGCGGAUAUACCUCCGUACGCAGUCCAUCAACAUGCCGCUCACGGUCUGCGCUACGCUAGCCAUUGCCAUCCACCUUCCCAUCAACUAUGUCCUCGUAACCGUACUCGGCCUCGGCAUCAAGGGGGUGGCAUUCGCCUCCGUGGUGGCGAACUUGAACCUCCUCCUCUUUCUCCUCGCUUACAUCUUCUUCAAAGGCGUCCACAAGCGCACCGGCGGCUUCGUGCUCUCCGGCGAGAGCUUGCGGGGCUGGGGCGAGCUUAUUAGCCUUGCCCUGCCGAGCUGCGUGAGCGUCUGCCUCGAGUGGUGGUGGUACGAGAUCAUGAUCCUGCUGUGCGGCCUGCUCCUGAACCCGCAGGCCACGGUCGCGUCCAUGGGAAUCUUGAUCCAGACCACGUCGCUCAUAUACAUCUUCCCCUCGUCGCUCAGCUUCGGCGUGUCCACCCGCGUCAGCAACGAGCUUGGCGCGGGCCAGCCCGGUGAGGCGAGUCGCGCCGCCACGGUGGGGCUCAUGCUCGGGUUCGCGUUCGGCGCCUUCGCCUCUGCCUUCGCGUUCCUCGUGCGGAACGUGUGGGCGAGCAUGUUCACGGCCGACCCGGCGAUCAUCGCACUCACCGCGUCGGUGCUGCCAAUCCUGGGCCUGUGCGAGCUGGGCAACUGCCCGCAGACGACGGGUUGCGGCGUGCUGCGCGGCAGCGCCAGGCCCAAGGACGCCGCCAGCAUCAACCUCCGGUCGUUCUACCUCGUGGGGACGCCGGUGGCGCUCGUCCUGGCGUUCUGGUUCCACUACGACUUUGAGGGCCUGUGGUUCGGCCUCCUCGCGGCGCAGGCGACCUGCAUGGUGCGCAUGCUGCUGGUCGUCGGGCGGACGGACUGGGCCGGCGAGGCCAAGCGCUCGAGGCAGCUCACCGGAUCUGGCGUUGUCACCAAGGAUAGCAGCGCUGCCGCGGACGGCGGGGACGAGAAGUCGCGCUUGCUCGACACUGACAUCGAGCAAUGAAAUGAUCACCCGGUGUUGAUGGCUACAGCGCGAGCCGCAUGUAUACCUGUAAUCUACUCUUUCUUUUCUCCCUUUUUUCCCCCAUAUUUUGGCGGGGGAGGAAUCAGAGGCUGACAGAGUGACAAUUUUGUUCACCAUUUGCUAAUUAGCAUGUAAAGAUUUUGUUGAUUGCUAUCACAGAGAUGAAAAAUAUCUAGUACUAAUAUGAAAGAAAUUUUCAGACA